GACAAUGGAAAAGACCCGGAUGAACAAACAGUAUAAAUAGAGCUGGAAUCCGCGGGAAGUUUGUCUUACUUUUCAGCGUGGGUCAAACGAGACAGCUCUGCGUUUCUUUUCUCUACGUACAACAUUUCUUCUGACCACCAAAUUUGCCGGUUACUCUCAAGUUCCUACACCAGUGACCAUGCCUGUGGAUGCCCGAGUGCUGCUCGUGCUAGUGACGUGUGUUCGGUGCGUGAUCGGCCAGGUUCGGGUUUUGCCGGACAGUCCGUCGGUUGUUCGGAAGGAGGGCGAGGACAUCAUCUUCACCUGCAGUGACGACAGCGCGUCUCUGGCCAAUCAGGAGCUGAGAUGGUAUGGACCAACCGGAGUCGAGAUCAGCGGGACCGGAGUACGCGUGUUCACGGAGAACUCCCAGGGCCUGUCCAGGCUGAGGGUGCUCCAGAUCCAGCGGCAAGACGGAGGAAGCUACACGUGCCGAGGGGAGUCUGGGGACGAGAUCACGUCAGUGCUGGUUGUGUUCAAGCCCAUCACGUUCGACAGCGCACCGGCUGAGCAGAACUUCCAAGUCAACAGUGACGCAGUUCUGGAAUGCCAGGUGUCCGGGGACCCCCAGCCGACAGUAGUGUGGUACAGAGACAACAACGAGGUCGGCAACAGCGCAAAGUACCGCAAAAUGGCCAACAACAACCUAGUCAUCGGCAACAUCCAGCUGCAAGAUGCCGGCCUGUACAAAUGUGAGGCGUCUGUGGCGAGUGACGGGCGGUUUGCCGAGCGGGACAUCCAGGUGUCUGUGCUGUACCCCCCAGCGGUGUUCAUGGACACACCGGACACAGUGGGAGCUGUGGUCGGCUUCACCGUCAACAUGAGCUGCAGCGCCCGCGGUAACCCCACCCCGCAGAUGGCCUGGUACCGGGACGGGAGAGAGCUGCUGCCCUCGUCUGACGGCAACGUUAGAAUCUACACAGCGGAGGGUGUCAGCAUCCUGGGACUAAAAGUCAACAACUCCACAACGUACGGAGAGUACAACUGCACUGCAUACAACGGGCUGGGUAGCGUGUCCAGGAACAUCAUUCUCCGGGAGGCGGCAGUCCCCACCCCGCCGACCGGUCUACGAGUCACGCACCUGGCUGCACAUCAAGUCACCAUCCUGUUCAAGAAGUCGUACAGUGAGAAUGGAGUCCCCGUGACACACUAUGUCACAGAGAUCAGCGGCUCCAACGGAGACAUGUCUUCACAGGUGGGACCUGCCUCGGAGACGACCAUGACCCUGGACGGGCUGGCGAAGAACACUUCCUACAGCAUCCGUCUGCGAGGCGUCAACAUCGCAGGAGCCAGCGACGCGUCCGAGGCUCUGAACUUCACAACCCCCGGGGAAUCCCAGAAUCCGAAUGCUCCGGUCAUCUUGAGUGACAAAAUUAGCGCAGAAGCUAUCGCGUACCAACUCAGAGCUUCAGUCCCCUCUGAUCCUACAGACCCUGCCGUGGACUGCGCUGUGUCUUACCGGCAAACCAGCACCAACCAGCUUCGGCAUCAGUGGAUGAACGUCACCUUACCCUGCAACAGAAACACCAGCAUCAGUACCGUCCUCAUCACGGGUCUGCAGUCUGACACCGAGUACGAGGGGAGAGUCUACGCCAUGAGAGCUUCAGGAACUGUUGGAGUCGCGGACUUCGUCUUCAUGACUGCUGCUGAGGUUACCGCGCAGCAGGUGGGAGGGGUAUCAGCAGGCGGAACAGCGGCUAUUGUCAUUGUCGUGCUCCUGGUCGUCAUGGUAGCGGCUGACGUCACGUGCUGCGCGCUGGGAAAAGGCGGCGCCACGCUCUUCCUCUGGAACAAGGUCCGAGGCAACGCCAAGAGCAUCCCCAUCAAAAACGAGGAGGCUCCCGCUGAAGAGUUGGAGACAACCAUGGCGGCAGAACCCCAGUCUGCCCCCGCCGACCCCAGUUCGGGACCCACCACCGAGAACGGCACACCACAAGACGUCAAGAAAGCGAAAGCAGUGAAACUUCCCCUAGCGCUCUGGUGGAGCAAAUUUAAGCGCGCUCGUAACCAGGACGGUGCAGGGCCGACUGACGGUGCCGAAAAGGAGAAAUCCUGCGAAGAGCGAAAGGCUGAAAAUGGCGAGGUGGCGGAAGAUAGCAACCAACAGAAUUCGGUCCCCCCUAAGAGCGAAUCUGAAAAGACUGCUAACAGCGAAGAAGGAAACGCUGAGGAAGAGAAAACUGACGCCGUGACGUCAGAAGAGGAAGCUUCGCCAGCCGCGCCCGACGUUGUCGGAGGGACUGACGCUGCGGAAAGCACCGAGACGACCUUACUUCUGGACGAGACCAAGGAAGACGCUCCUGGAGAACAACCUAACGGCCUGGCAGUCUAGUCCGAGAUUUUCUGUAUGGUCCCAGACUCUGCACACAUUGACUUCGGCUUCCUUUUACCUUUGUAAAAUUGAUGCAAGCAAAUUUUCUGCUUUUAAGGACCAUUGACAUACAUCCAGUAUUUUAAGCCAUGAAUGUAGUAACAACGCUUUAAGUGACAACAUGUACACGAUGAAUUUGACGUGUCGAUGAAGAAAAUGCUGUUUUAGUAUAAAACCCGUUUUAGUAUAAGGAAUGUAACAAUCUGUGUAUUUAUGUGUCCUCUAUGUAACUCCGUUAUAGCAUCUCGGUUUGUGUAUUGCUUUGAGUGUGAUGUCUUUCGAAACAUUUUCAAUUGUUUUUUUGUUUUGUUUUUUUGAUUCAACGUAUUUGUUUGGCGUGACAAAGGAUAGUUCGUCGCAACGUGCUUCAAUUUAGUACGCAAAUUCAACAAAAAUUCCGUGCCUUUAUCAAUGUUCGUUUGAAUGUAUACAAUGUACACGGGCAGUUACUGACUGAUUCUAUCAACCAUACCUGGUUAGCGACAAUGUAGACCGUAAAACAUUUAUGUUGGUGAUGACACUAUCUGACAGGUUACAGCUUAAUGUUUUAUUGUUCUAUUAAAGUUUUUCCACUGGAAAA